AUGGUCAACGAAGUCGCGGACCCAUCAAACGAUGACGAACCAGUCAAAACGAGACGAGUGCAUGAUGACUCACCACGCGAUCCGAGUGUCUUCGAUCGAGCUAGCCAGUUGGGAGACAAAAUCACUCAGAUGGAAAGGGAUCUGGAGUAUUUUCCGUUUACAGAUCCCGGCGAUCGCUGUGCAGGUCUUCAAACAACGAUGAGAUGCGCGUUCUGUGAUGCCGAGGGAGAACAUUUUUCGGACGCGUGCCCCAUGUUUCGGAGUGGCGAUGAACGCUUCGACAUCACACGCGCCAAAAGAUGGUGUACGUUUUGCAUCGGAGAUUGCCCGAGGAACGUCCCGUGUCGCUUACGAGAACGGCAAUGCUGGUACUGCACUCGCGUCAAGGACACCAUUUUCGCUGCCUUGAGACCGAGAGAUAAUGGUCACCAUCGGUCGCUGUGCAACGUUCCUGACAAAAGGCACCUUGCGCGUGAACGCCUUGUCAACGCGAAGGAGGAGCUGAGACGACUGCGAAGAAAGUGCGAGGGACCGUCGACGUCGCGUGAAUGA